AUGGCCAUUGCAAAGAGCGCUGUCAUUCUUAUUUUGUUCUUUGCAUUGGCCUGCAUUGAGGCUACAGUUCCAAAAGUACCACGAAUUGCUGGUCCUGACAUGUUCAGGAACAAAAAUGUGGCUAAGGAUGUGCUCCUUCCUGGUGAGAAAAUAGUUAGCGUCAUGGAUUUUGGAGCCAAAGCUGAUGGCAAGUUCGACUGCACCCAGGCUUUCAUGUCUGCAUGGCAAAAGGUGUGCCAUCAAUCCACUGGGCCAACCAGGCUUUUGAUUCCUCCAGGCAGGUUCUUGGUUUCAUCAAUGUUUUUCAGUGGACCAUGCAGUAUUCCAAGUCCAGUAACAAUUCAAGUGCAAGGGUAUGUUAUGGCUACCACCGAUAUUUCGGAAUAUGAAAACGGUGACUGGCUCAUAUUCGAGAAACACAAUGGCUUGAAAAUUAUAGGCGGUGGCACUUUCGAUGGCCAGGGUAAAAAGUCAUGGGAAUACUCCCAGAAUUGCGAAUCAGCCGCUGAUGGUACUUGCGCCAGGAAUCCAAGCAGCCUUUUCGUCAGUGAUAGUAGUAACGUGGUUAUACAGGGCAUCAGAUCUGUGAACCCCAAAGGCUUUCACGUAUUCAUUACCAAAUGUACAAACGUCAGAUUGAGAAAACUUAAGCUGCUUGCACCCGCAACCAGCCCCAACACUGAUGGAAUUCAUGUCAGCCAUUCCAACAUUGUUCUAAUGUCCAAAAACACCAUUGCAACUGGGGAUGAUUGCAUCUCUAUGAUACAAGGAGUCAAAAAUGUUUUCAUCAACAGACUCAAGUGUGGCCCUGGACACGGUAUAAGUAUCGGUAGUCUUGGAAAAUAUCAGGAUGAGGACGAGGUGAGAGGCAUUCGCAUCAAGAAUUGCUCAUUGAUCGGCACAACCAAUGGCCUCAGAGUCAAAGCAUGGCCUGAUAGAUAUGCAGGUGCAGCCUCAGAUAUAAGCUUCAGUGACAUUAUCAUGGAAAAAGUAAAAAACCCUAUCAUCAUUGACCAAGAGUAUGAAUGUGAUCCAGGCUGCAAAAAGAAGCCAUCACUUGUAAAGAUAAAAAAUGUUCAUUUCCAAAACGUGAGAGGAACUACAACUUCACCACUUGCAGUGGACUUAAGGUGCAGCAAGCUGUUCGGGUGUCAAGGUGUUACAGUUAGAGACAUUGACCUGAAGUUUGGAGAUGCCCCAACCACGUCAAGAUGUGUCAAUACUCAUCCCAUCUUUGGUGGCUUGCUAAUGCCUCCACCUUGCGCAUAG